AUGAGAGGACAGCUUGGGCGAAAAGGCGUGGCGGCCCUUUACGCCGGCCCAACAAUCACCUCCUACACGGAUGCGUGUGAAGCCCCAGUGGCCAUGUGGGAAGGCGCAAUUCCGCUGAAGCAUGAGCGUGUAGUUAAAAAUGGCAUUGCCACCCAUGUAGUGAAGAAAACAUACGCCCAUCCGCCAGAAAUUCAUCCGACCAACCUAAGCUUCAAUGACAUCGAUUCCAUGUACUGCCUGGGAAACGAUGAGCUGAUCAAGUACUUCCCAGAGGGCGUGGGCGGAAAGGUGAUGCAGCUCAUGCCCCCAAGUCAUCCACGCGGUUUCCUGUACCGGAAGCAGAGUCACCUCCUUAAUUGCUUCAUUGAUAAGCUUCCCUUCUGGCAAAGCAAGGAGAGGGCGCUGCGCUCUCUCACGAACGGGCGACCCGGAUUCAUUAUGGAUGGUCCGACUGGGAGCGGCAAGAGCGCACUGCUCUGUCAGGCAGUGCACUACGCACGCUCUCGCAAUAUCAUUACCCUCUACAUCUCUAACGCGAAAGCAUGGACGCACGGGGAGUGGUGCUGGCCCAGCACGAUCCUGCCAGGCUUCUUCGAUGCACCUGAUGCAGGACGAGAGUUUCUUCGCACAGUGGCAGAAGCAAAUCGGCCUCUCCUGCAGACGUGGGAGCUGAGGGUGACGCCGCAGGACUUACCUCUAGAGCAAGGCGAGAAGCAGCCACGCUCCCUCUAUGACCUUUGUGAGUGGGGUCACCGCGCUGUUGCGCCAGCGUCUAUUGACCGUCAGAGUGUGUGUAUCAAGUUUUUCUUCGACGAGGUCAGCGCCGAGAAAACGAAGCCGAUUGUCAUCGCCGUGGACGGGUGGAAUCUGUUUUCUCACGAGACGCACUUCCGAUACCCACACCCCGACUUCCUACGCACUUUGACUACGCUGAACGACGGGUCGACGGACGUUGACUUGUAUCCACAAGAGCUACCUCGCAUUCCGGCGUCGCGACUGAGCUUUGUGCGCGGUCUCAACAAACUGAUUCUCUCAAAGCAGGACCCCAACAAGUUUUUCAUCACUUGCACCACGCGUGACUUUAAGCCCUUUGACGGCAUCAGCGGAUUCACCGAUGUGGAGAACGACCGUUUUAAGAACAGCCUCGACGAGUACGCGCCGUAUGAUCCAGAGAAGGACUCCUUUUUUCACCCUAUCGAGGUGGACAACUUUACUGAGUACGAGUACAGGGCGUUCCUCCGUUUCAUCAUCAACUCUGGCGAGUUAGCUGGCCUCGGCUGGGGCCCGAUGUGGCACUACUCAAGCGACUUUGAGCGGAAGUUGUACAAGAUCGACUUUAUGUCAGAUCGCAACCCGCAGAGGGUGGUCAAUCACUAUCACCAAGAGCUCGUGUGGCGUUACGAGUACAAGCGCACGCGGCAGAAGCAGUACCUGCUAGCGCGACGCAAGAUGUGGCAAGGCGCCGAGGUGUCUUACGGACUGCACAACGGCAAGUGA